AUGAAGCAAUUUGAUAGAGUAAAUGACGAGCAGUUGUUUCCACAGACGGGAGGGUCGAUAACCAGAGGACACAGAUUGAAGGUAAUUGGGAAAAGAACCAGAGGGGAGGGAGGUUGCUCGAUGGGGCUGGAGAGACCAGUUGUAGCCGCUAUCAUCGUGCUAUUCAGCAGCGUGAUCAUCGUGGUGACAAUCUCAUUGCUUCAGCAGCUGAAAAGAGUUGCUCUUCCUGUGGGAUAUAAGUAUGGGAUUGUCUUCGAUGCUGGAGCCUCCCGUACAACCCUUUAUGUUUAUAGGUGGUCGGCAGAAAAGGAGAAUAACACUGGCGUAGUCAGUGAGUGUUACCUCUGCCAUAUCAAAGGACCUGAUAUUUCUAGCUACGUCAAGGAACCUGCACAGGCAGCUCACUCGAUGGAAUGGUGCCUCAACAGAACAAUGGAAAAAAUCCCAGCAGAAAGGCAUAAUUCUACACCUGUCUACUUCGGUGCUACUGCUGGAAUGAGAUUACUCCAGCUAGAGGACUCCAGAGCUGCAGCCAUGAUCCUCUCAGCAAUUGAAAAUUACCUCCGCUCUUCACCAUUUGAUUUCAAAGGUGCCCACAUUCUCUCAGGGAAGGAGGAAGGUGUCUACGGAUGGAUCACAGCAAAUUAUUUAUUAGACAAUUUGCUGCAGAGACGUACUUGGAUACACCUGGAACGAAACUUUACCGUGAAGACCACAGGCACUCUCGAUCUGGGUGGAGCUUCUACAGAAAUAGCUUUUGUCCCCAAGCAGCACUCACGCAUGAGUGAAACCGUAAUAAUCACAUUGUACAGUUAUAACUAUACUGUCUACACUCAAAGCCUGGCAUGCUAUGGAAGGGAUGAAGCAGAGAAAAUGUACAGGGCAAAAAUCCUCCAGAACUCAAAAAGAUCAAGCAUUGAAGAUCCUUGCCUUCCCUCAAACUAUAAUAUGACUCUCCAACUGAAGUAUAUAUUUGAUGGUUUAUGCACUGCAGCUGAUAUACCAUCUGAUUAUGAGCCUGACAACAAUGCCACAUUUAUAGGAACUGGAAAUUCUGCUCUAUGUCAGCAGAAGUUGUUGUCAGUAUUUAGUUUUGAACGUAUCAAUGUUGGAGGUAAAUGGACACAAAGAAGACUUCAACCACAUAUCCAUGGAGACUUUGUGGCCUUUUCUGGUUUCUAUUACUCAAUGGAAGCCUUGAAUUUAACCCGUUCCUUUCCCAUGGAAACUUUCAACUCAACAGUUCAGGAAUUCUGCUCGUACAACUGGGAUCAGGUGCAGCAGUUAUUUCCAAAUGUGUCAGACUCAUUUCGCAGAUCGUAUUGUUUUAAUGCAAACUACAUCUACGCCGUACUUGUGCAAGGUUACAAGUUCAAUCAAGAGAGUUGGAAAUCGAUAAGCUUUCUAAAAGAAGUGAAGAACAGCAGCAUAGGCUGGUCACUUGGUUACAUGCUAAACCUUACCAAUAUGAUCCCAUCAGAAAAUCAAGUGAUUCAAACACCAAUGAGUGAAGCUGUAUUCUGUGGACUUCUCUUUCUAUUUUCCACUUUAGUUUUGUUCUGUUCAAUGUUCAUUUGUAUGUCAAUAAUACAUUCCUUUUAG